UCUCGCUAGCCAUGGCAAGAACCAAGCAGACCGCCCGUAAAUCCACCGGAGGAAAGGCUCCCAGGAAGCAGCUGGCCACCAAGGCUGCCCGUAAGAGCGCCCCGGCCACCGGCGGCGUGAAGAAGCCUCACCGUUACAGGCCCGGUACCGUGGCUCUGAGGGAGAUCCGCCGCUACCAGAAGUCCACCGAGCUGCUGAUCCGCAAGCUGCCCUUCCAGCGCCUGGUGAGGGAGAUCGCUCAGGACUUCAAGACCGACCUGCGCUUCCAGAGCUCCGCCGUCAUGGCUCUGCAGGAGUCCAGCGAGGCCUACCUGGUCGGCCUGUUCGAGGACACCAACCUGUGCGCCAUCCACGCCAAGAGGGUCACCAUCAUGCCCAAGGACAUCCAGCUGGCCCGCCGCAUCCGCGGAGAGAGGGCUUAAACUGACCUGAGACCAGAACACUGAAACACAAAGGCUCUUUUAAGAGCCACACACACACACUUACAGAGCAACACGUCCUAAAACACAUGUGUUAUAUUACUUUAUAAACAAUUUGUACCCCUUUGAUUAUUAAGGCAGGGUCCAUAGUAACACAUUAUGAUAACAUAGUUUAUAAACGCCUACAAUGUUGAUCCAUUUGCAACUACCACUGGGUUGUAAUGUAGGGUCUCAUUUAUUGCUAGACACUGACAUCUAGUGGUUUGUUGAGAUAAAGCCCAUACAGGCAACUAAUUUAAUGAUUUUGGUCUGUAAACAUAUCGAGUGGACACACUAGUAUUCGAUAAUGGUGUAUACAUCGAUUGCUGAGUGGACACUGCUGCACUUUCAGUGUGUCAUUUCAUAAGACACUUUCAUCUAACUAUGUGGGCUGUCUUAAAAAUACAGUUUAGUUUAAACAAUAUUACUUAAGAUGUUACUAUUUACAUGGUUAUCUAAUCUUGAAAUAGUGCUGUAUAAUAGUUUGUGCCAUGUUUGUUUUAGAGCUACUAAACUAACUCCUAACGGUAUAAUAUACAACGGUCACAUUAAAGAACUGCUAAUCGGCUAAGAGAUAAUAACUUCAUUAAUAUCUAGAUGUACCUAAUUUCUUAAAAUGCUAAUACAAAAUAAAUAAAGAACUGUUAGAAAGACACACGUGUUAAUAUGUAAUUCACUACAAUAGAGCCACUAUUUUCGUUCUGCUCCAAACAUUUGUUGGUGAACUCUGACAUCUGUUGGAUAAAGGCUGCUACUAAAUAUAUCCUGUUGUGUAUUCACUUCAAUGUGCGUGAGGGCAAAAGAUACCAUCGAGUGCUUAAAUGUUACGGUACGCUAUUGAUCGGUGAACUGCAGACACCUGCCAAUAAGUAGCUACUGAUAUAGUGUCGUGUAAACUGAGUUAAACAUUAAUGAUGGGUCCAACAAACGUUGUGGCUUUAUGCAUGUGGACUGACAGAUGUAAAAACCAAACCGCUAUUCAUUUGAGAAUGUGGUGAUUAACCUGCUGGAUGUACGAAGGACAUUGUGAAGAGUUUGCUUUAGU